AGGCGGAGCCGCGCUGCAGUAGGAUUCCUUAGCCGUGUUUGGAGUAUUUGUCCUCGUUUGCAGUUUCCUCAAACGCCGCUUUCUUGUCAGUCGGUAGAUAGCAGUAAAAAAUGACAAACGUCAGCUGGAAGCCGUUUGUUUUCGGCGGAGUGGCUUCUGUGACGGCGGAAUGCGGGACUUUUCCCAUCGAUUUGGCAAAGACUCGUCUUCAAGUGCAAGGACAAGUGGGGGACAGUAAAUAUCGAGAGAUCCGCUACAGAGGCAUGCUGCACGCGAUAGUGAGGAUAGGAAGAGAGGAGGGUCUGCGCGCGCUCUAUUCAGGAAUUGCUCCAGCUAUGCUGCGCCAGGCAUCCUAUGGCACAAUAAAAAUUGGCACAUACCAAAGCUUUAAGAGGCUGCUAGUUGACAGACCUGAAGAUGAGACGAUGCUGACUAAUGUGAUGUGUGGUAUUCUCGCUGGUGUCAUUUCCUCCUCCAUUGCCAACCCCACUGAUGUGCUGAAGAUCCGUAUGCAGGCUCAGGGAAGUGUGAUUCAGGGCAGUAUGAUGGGCAACUUCAUCAACAUCUACCAGGAAGAGGGAACAAGAGGACUUUGGAAGGGUGUUUCCUUAACAGCUCAGCGGGCAGCUAUUGUGGUGGGGGUAGAGCUACCUGUUUAUGACAUCACCAAGAAGCAUCUAAUCUCCUCAGGAUACAUGGGUGACACGGUGUAUACACAUUUUGUGUCCAGCUUUGUGUGUGGUCUGGCGGGGGCUUUGGCCUCCAACCCAGUGGAUGUUGUCCGGACGCGCCUGAUGAACCAAAAAGGAGGCGAUUUGUACAAGGGGACACUGGACUGUUUGCUGCAGACGUGGCGCUUGGAGGGCUUCAUGGCCCUCUACAAGGGUUUCUUUCCCAACUGGCUCCGCUUGGGACCUUGGAACAUCAUUUUCUUCCUCACUUAUGAGCAGCUGAAGAAGAUUGAUGUUUGAUGGUCAAAAGAAGGAAAAGUGAAGAGACAAGUAUGAGCUCGCACUCCAGGACAAGCACAGAAGACCCAGUCAGGAUCAGUUUGAUCCUUGAUGGAACACUGGCAGGGGACAGUGGUUUGAUAAUUUCUCAGAAUCCUGUUUGAAGCUUUUGGCAAAAUGCAACACAUAAACC